CCGCCUGCGGGGAUUGGAGCGGCUCGGAGCAGGCGUUUAAAGAUGGCGGCAGCGGUGCGGAGUGGGGGACGGUUUUCGUGAAGCGGCAGAGCUCUUCCCACCCCUCACACCCCCCCCUCCCCCCGCCCCACUCGCGGAGGAGCGCCGGGGAUCCCGGGGAUGGCUCAGGUUGAAAGAAGAAAGGGAGACCUGCUUGUCCAGUGAAGAUGCAGUCUUAGUCUUCAGCUAUUUAAGCUGAAUGCAUUGUGAUUUCCAAUAAUUGAGACAGUGAUUCUGAAAGCUGUCUACAUUAAUGAAAAGAACAAUGUAGUCAGCUUAACUGAAUCAUCAGUGUUGCAUAUUGAAUAGAACAUGAUAAACCAAUCUUGAUGGACUUAUGCAUGUUAGGAAUAUAGAUAUAAACAUUUAUUAAAGCAUUGUUUUUUUUAAAACAGUAGUUUUAAAAAUGGAGAAAUAUGAAAAUGUACCACCCCUCCCUAAAGAACCUGCAAGAGAAAUGAAUGUGGAGAAUCAUACUUGUCCCCCACCUUUGCCGCCUAAUGAACAGCCUCCACCACCUCCCCUGCAAACGUCCAGUGACGCAGAGGUAAUGGACGUUGGCUCUGGUGGUGAUGGACAGUCAGAUACCCCUGCUGGGGACACGCACAGUAUCUGCAGAACACAGCUUCUCACAAAGGGAUCUGCCUGCUACAAAAGUCGUCUUAUAAUAGACCCUAACAAUAGUGACCAAAGCCCAAGAACUGCUCGUCAUGCACCUUCAGUUCGAAAGUUCACCCCAGAUCUUAAGUUACUUAAAGAUGUAAAGAUUAGUGUUAGCUUUACAGAAAGCUGCAAAAGCAAAGAUAGGAAAGUUCUGUACACUGGAGUUGAGCAGGAUUAUAAGGCAGAUACAGAUUUUGGUAUUAAUACUGUCAAUGGGGAUUUGCAUGUUUGUCCUUUUGGUGGUAGUAAUGGUAAAGCUGUAGGAGUAGGGGGUGAAAAUGAUGACAAGAAGGAUGAUGAAAAUGAUAUUGAUCAGGAAAAAAGAGUGGAAUAUGCAGUUCUGGAUGAACUAGAAGAUUUUACCGACAAUUUGAUGGAAAUAGAUGAAGAAGGAGGAGGGUUCACAUCUAAAGCAAUCGUUCAAAGAGAUAAAGUGGAUGAAGAAACCUUGAAUUACUCAUAUGAGGAUGACUUUGAUAAUGAUGUGGAUGCUCUGCUGGAAGAGGGCCUUCGAGCACCCAAAACAAGAAGACUAGAAAAUGAGAAAUACGGUGGUGAAAGUGAUCACCAGUCUGAUGGAGAAACAAGUGUGCAGCCAAUGAUGACCAAAAUUAAAACUGUACUUAAAAGUCGUGGCCGCCCUCCAACAGAACCAUUGCCGGAUGGAUGGAUCAUGACAUUCCAUAAUUCGGGCAUUCCUGUAUAUCUGCACAGAGAAUCUAGAGUUGUUACCUGGUCUAGACCUUAUUUCUUGGGAACAGGAAGCAUAAGGAAACAUGAUCCUCCCCUUAGUAGCAUUCCCUGCUUGCAUUACAAAAAAAUGAAGGAAAAUGAGGAAAGGGAACAAAACAAUGACAUAACUCCAAAUGGGGAAGUAUCACCUGUAAAGCACCUAGAUAAAUCUUCAGAACUAGACUGCCAAACAGAAGAACCAGAUUCUACUGCUGCUGAUUCUGGGCCUUUAGAUGACAAAGACCCUUCAGGGGGAGAUGCAGCACAAGGAGCCUUAGGACAAGUUAAGGCCAAAGUUGAAGUAUGUAAAGAUGAAUCUGUAGAUCUGGAAGAUUUUAGACGCUAUCUUGAAAAGCGUUUUGACUUUGAACAAGUUACUGUAAAAAAAUUCAGAACCUGGGCUGAGAGACGGCAGUUCAAUCGUGAAAUGAAGCGGAAGCAGGCAGAAUCCGAGCGGCCUAUUCUGCCUGCCAAUCAGAAACUCAUUACCUUAUCUGUGCAGGAUGCACCUACAAAGAAAGAAUUUGUCAUUAAUCCCAAUGGGAAAUCCGAAGUUUGCAUACUGCAUGAAUAUAUGCAACGAGUCCUAAAGGUUCGCCCUGUUUACAAUUUCUUUGAAUGUGAGAACCCAAGUGAACCUUUUGGAGCCUCAGUGAUUAUUGAUGGAGUAACUUAUGGGGCAGGAACUGCCAGCAGCAAAAAACUUGCCAAGAAUAAAGCUGCUCGAGCUACACUGGAAAUCCUUAUUCCCGACUUUGUUAAACAGACCUCUGAGGAGAAGCCCAAAGACAGUGAAGAACUUGAGUAUUUUAACCAUAUCAGUAUUGAGGACUCACGGGUAUAUGAACUCACCAGUAAAGCUGGACUCUUGUCUCCAUAUCAAAUUCUCCAUGAGUGCCUUAAAAGAAACCAUGGAAUGGGUGAUACAUCCAUAAAGUUUGAAGUGAUUCCUGGUAAAAAUCAGAAGAGCGAAUAUGUCAUGACCUGUGGCAAGCACACAGUGCGAGGCUGGUGCAAAAAUAAAAGAGUGGGGAAACAAUUAGCUUCUCAGAAAAUCCUACAGCUACUGCAUCCACAUGUGAAAAAUUGGGGCUCUCUUUUGCGUAUGUAUGGUAGAGAGAGUAGCAAGAUGGUUAAACAGGAAACCUCUGAUAAAAGUGUGAUAGAACUUCAGCAGUAUGCCAAAAAGAACAAGCCAAAUCUGCACAUCCUGAACAAGUUACAGGAAGAAAUGAAAAAACUGGCACAAGAAAGAGAGGAAACACGGAAGAAACCCAAGAUGACAAUAGUGGAAUCGGCUCAACCUGGCAGUGAACCUCUCUGUACCGUUGAUGUGUAAUGAGAAAAUACACAAGUGGGGAGCAAUAACACAAAUGGAGAAACAAGAUUUUCAUCAAAUACUUAAAAAUUGUUUGCUGCAGAAUGCAAGAUAACUUUUAAAAUCCAAGCUGCUUCAGUUAUGCAUUGUUCUUUUUGCAUCAUCAGGGCAAUAUUACUUUUUCCUAUUUUCUUUUUUUUCUUUUUUUUUUUUUUUAAUACCUCUGAGAUAUGUACGUUUAACAGAUUGAUCAUAAAGAUCUCUACUUGGGCAAAUGCACAGAGAACAGGCAUGUUCACACGAGAUAAUCAAUCAAGCACUUUUUUCUGGAAAGCCAUCCAUGUUGUUUGAAAUGGAUGUGUUUUAAGGUUGAAAUACAGAAUAUGUACAGGUUGAAGCUGAUAUAUAUAUAUACACAUUCAUAUAUAUGUAUAUAUAAAAGAAAUAUAUGUACAUCUUCUUGUAUGAACAUGCCUAAAACUAUUUUUGUGAAAAGUUUUGUUGCAUUUCAGCACAUAAUAAUAUGCACUGAUAAGACACUUUGGUGACAAAUACAUGGAAGUGAUGAGCAAUGUUCCUAAUGCCAUAGGAUUAGGCCAGUAAUGCUGUUUCUUUUUGUUUUGUUUUUUUUUGUCUCCUGCCAGAUUUAGUUAUUCAAGAUCACAGUAUGCAGAUUUUAUUAUUACUUGAAAAGAACAAGUAUACCUGGUAGUGUUAAGAGCAACAGGCUGGGUAUCCAAAAUUAUUGGGUCUUAUUUUAAUUGAAAAGAGCCUAUGUUUACAGAUCAUUUGAAAGGGGAAAAUAUGGCCCUAUUUAUUUGAUUAAAAUAAAAACUGUAAUUUGUAAGGCUGUUUUCAAAGCUUGGAGCCAAAAUGCAGCUGAUGAUGGUUGACAGUCUGAAAAUAUUUUGCCAAUGAUGUGUUUAAAGACCUUCCACUCCCUUCUACCAGCAAUAAAACAAUUUCUGAUUUGUUUGGAGUCAGAAUACAUCUGACUUGAUCAAUUAAGUCUUAAUUAACUUGCACCAUAAUAGAAAAUAAUUAAAUAAAAAUUAAAAAAAAAAAAAACAACAACAAAAAUUAAAACCAACAACCCUAAGGAAUUUGAAAUAACUGCAGCAAAAUAGGUUUUAUAAGAAGUUUUUGGUUUUACUUUUUUAAUUACAUUUUUAGUUUUUAAAGAAAAGGUGUAACUUCUGCAAGGAAAAUUAGAAUGUAGAUUUGGAAUAUGACAUAGAGUAAUGAGUAGAACGAGACCGUAACAGGCUAUACUGACAAACAAGAAAAUCACAAAUAUGCAACUAUCAUAAAAUACAAUCUUAGAAAACAGGCAGUACUCACUAUGUCAUCUGAGGCUUUAUUACAUUAAGCACAGAAGAAAUACUUCUGGCUGUAGUGAAAGCACUGCUUUGUGGGGUUUGUUCUUCAUACGGGGUUCUUCGCUGGGUGAUUGCAGUAAGCUUCUCUUAGAACCGUUUCUGUGGGUUCUUCGGUUUGUUCUUAGAGGAGAGUAAAAACCAAGCUGGUGGUAGGGCUUCAGUGAUUUAUCCAAGAGUUGUAUUGCUACGUUUUACCCUCCUGUUCCUGUAGGAGUGAGAGAGGUCAGUUCUCUAGAACUGCUGCAGCUCCUGGUACUUACCUGGACAGGGAUCUGGGGGCUCGAGGGGGUUUGGUUUGAUUUGGUGGUUGGGGUUUUUUACCAUGUUUUACAUACAGAGUGCUGCAGUAUAAUGAAAUUAGUGCCUACUGGAUUCUAACCAUAUUGGCAUCAGUAUUGUAAGACCUCCUUUUAAUAUCACCCAUUAUUGUGGAAAUAUAUGGAUUUUAAUUUAUAUCUCAAAUUAAUGUUUUCUAAUAUGUUGCAUAUGUUUGAGGUUAAACAGGAGGAGGCUUGGAGUUUUACCUGUUUCUGUGUUUGAGUGAUAUGCUCAGAGGUCUCUGCAAAUACAAAUUCACCCAUUAUUAUAUUUAGCUUUUCAGUUCCACAAGUUGUAAUCCUGUAACCGUGUAACAGGAUACGGGUAGUUGGAAGACUAUACAUAAACUAUUACUUAAACAAGUGGCCUAUCUAAAAAAACAACAAAAAAAAAAACAAAAACAAACAAAAAAAAACACAAAAAACACUGCCUCUGCUUUUUUUUGUAUAGCUUUAAUAAAUCUCCAUCUUUUGAAGGGUAUAUAAUAUUGGUGCAGUAGUGACAAGCAGUGAUGACUGUUUGUCUCUCUCUUUGUUUUUCUUUCUUUUUUUUUUUUACUUUGGUUUUCAGAAAGACAGGGCUUAUCUUCUAUGCCUAAAUGUAUUACUCUUUUAGGUAGGUUUUACUUCAGCUUAGGCGUUUUCAGCAGAAAAAUCUGUACUUGGAUGGCACUGUAAAAGACAAAUCACCCUUGUAGAGCUUUUUAUUUUUCUGAAAUCAGAAUGUCAAUGCAUUUGCAGGUCACCUGCAGAAUAUCCAUAGAUGCCUCGCUUACAAAUUUGUUUUCAUUAUUUUUAAGAGGAUUGCUGUAUUACCUCAGUCUGCCACUAUCAGAAUCACAAGGUGACCAUUGCCCUUAAUUAAAAUAUCCAGAGAUUUCAUUGUGAACCAAAGCCUAGAACGUGUAUUAUGCAUUCUAAACAAAAACAAACACAAAAAGAUGGUAUUAGACCUUGCUGCAGCCUUUAACUGGAGAAAUGUCCAGAAAAUAGCGCAAUAACUGCUGGAACAAACAACUUAACUGCUGUUUAUGUCAUUGUGAAGUAUUCUUGUGUUUUAAUGUUUACUAUUGUUUGGAGUGUAACAGUCUUGCAUUUGCACAUAAGCACGAGCUGCUGUGAUAGAGGAUAGAUCAUUGCAUUAACUUCAGCUUCUGCAUGAACACUUACAGUGUGAUUCAAGAUGUAUCCUAAACUUGUCUUGUAACUCUUGUGUGUUUUCUAGGUAAUCGGCUGUAAAGGUUUAGAUCUUGAUUGUAUGAAUGCAUAAAACAACUGCUGCUUUUGUCACUGAUAUUCGUUAUUUAUCCCUUCUAUAUCCAGAGGAGGAUGGGUAUUUUUGUAGGGAUGGAGUGUAUUUUUAAGAACUGUUCCAUCCUUUGGGAAUUAGACAGUUUUUGCUUUGCAUAUUAUGUGCUUCUCGACAAAAGUGUGGUAUAUUGACUUUAAGGAUUAAAUUAGUGUGCAUUCAAAUCUUUAUGGUACUGAUGGAAAACUUACUGUGACUUCCAGUGAAUAGUCAGAUGCUACCUAUUUAAACACCAGCCAUCCAGCUUUUUCUUACAUAUUUAUUAAACAAAACUGAUGAAGUAGUUGGGUAUUCAGAAGUUUGGAAAGACUAUUAUGCAUAAACUUAACUGUUGUAUGUAAACUUCCACUUUCCUGUGAUGCUGUUAGGCUUUAUACAAGUAUAUUUGUAACAUCCAAGUAUUUAAAAGCAUCAUGAUUAUCUUAUUAAUUCUCUAGACUGUACUUUGGUUCUGGAGUAAAAUUCAGGAAGUGAUAGCCUCCUAACUUUCCAUGGGAAGAAAUGUGAAGUGCAAGAAGCCAUGCUGUUGUUAACCAAAUAAAAUGAUCAGUUACAGUAUUCUGAUGUGUAUCUAAGAAAGUGAAAAAACAAAAGAAAAUUAAUUCUUAUUGCCCAAGUAGGUAACAAUGGUUGCUGUAUGAAUUGUGUUGGGUGCAGUUGCUUGAUGCCAGUGCUAAAUUGGUACAACUAUAAAGCCUCAUUUUCACUGAGCCUCUGCUUGCUUUUUUUCUGCACAAUCAUAUAAUCCUAUGUGUUUGGUCUUUGAGUACUACAUGUGUAUUUUUCAGACAAUUAGUUUUGAGCAAUAAAGUUUGAUAUUAUAAAA